AUGACAGCCACCAACGUGGGUUUGACAUGUGCAUCUUGUUUGUGCUUGCCCUCGCAGUGCAACGCCACGUACAACAUCACCAUAACCGGUGCUGCUUUUGCCUCUCCUGAGCUCAGGGGGCAGGACUUGCAGGCCGGAGUGGCAUCUGCCAAGCUGCAGCAGCUCGUCGCUUUAAGCGCCGCAGCUGGCCUGCCGUCUGUCGCGGAGGUCAACAUUUCACAGGUCAAGCUCAUCCCAGCGAUGGCAGAGCUGUCGGACCUUACUGCGCCAACUUCUCUCCUGAUCUUUGACAUGAACUUCGACCUCUGCUCCGUCCCGAUGGUUGCCAUUGACCCUGCGGAUUUUGAGUUCGCCUUUAUCUCAAAGUUGCAGACGUAUGGAGCCUUUGGCGCCGGAACCGGGGCUACGCUGUCCGUCUUGGAGUUUGUGAAUCUAACGGACGCGAGGAGCGGAAGUUCUGGAACGGGCAACGAUACACAGCCUGGACCUUGGACAGGAGGGCAAACUGUCGACGAGCCCGAGACGGACGAUCAGUCUGUGUUCGUUGUUUUCCUGAUCCUUGCCGUUGUCCUGGUCCUCGCUUCGACACUUGCUGUGAGCGCAUGGGCCAAAGCCCGCCGAGCCCGACUCAAGGUCGUGGCGGAUUCAGAGGAAGAGCACAAAGUAGCACAAAGUCCAGAUGUAGACAGGGUUCUGGCACAUGUGGCGUGCGCUUUUGCACCUGCGGACGUGGAAGACGACAAGGUUUUCCGAGAAAGCUGCCUCGAUCUCUCCGAAGGAGACAUCGUAGAAGUUAUUGCAGGCGGCGGUGGAUGGUUCUAUGGGCGUGUCAUUUCAGGCAGUGGAGACAUCACUCGCAUGGGCUACUUCCCUGAAAACCGAGUGUCAUGGAUCGGCAAGAUUCCUCGCGCGGAGGUCGCUUGCGCAGACCAGCAUGCUUUGGUUUUCGUGGAUCAUGGGUUCACCCCGGAAGACGUCGCUGAGUGCGAGAACUUGCGGGAGAACUGCCUGCACCUCGAAGCAGGUGAAAUGGUUGAGGUCUUGGCUGGUGGCUCCGGCUGGCUCUACGGCCAGGUGGCAGGGCAUCCAGAGCGAGCAGGCUACUUUCCAGAGAACCGAGCAACUUGGCUCGGAACUUGCGAGGAGAAUGGUGAAGCAGCGAAGACUGACCGUGGUGUGCUCGUGAAGGUCGUGGAGAACUACUCGCCGGGCAGUCCUGGCGACAAGGAGGAAGAGGUGGCAUUCGCUGAAAGUUGCCUUGCGCUAGCAGAGGGCGAUGUGGUGGAGGUUGCAGCAAGUGGCGGUGGCUGGGUGUAUGGUCGUGUUGUCGGAUCUCCAGAACGCCACGGAUAUUUCCCGGAGACACGUGUGCCGCGAUAA